CAUCUCUUCCGACAACAUCAGAUCUGGAUCUAGAGACUUCGCACCUGGCCGGCGAGGGUACAGUCAUUCCAUAUACGAAGCACCGGAGGCUUUUCAUUCAACAGCGACCAAAUAUUUGGUUCAAGAUGCAGACACGUUCGCAAAAGAGGAAGCUUGUUGACGCUAUGGUGUCGACCAGCGUAGUGGCUGGUGCACCCAUUGCACCGGCUACGGUGGUACAAGCUUCGACAGUCACCAACACCUCUGGCUCAGCGGGCAGUUCAAAAUCCGUGAGCAAGACAAAGGGCGGUGGCACGAAGGGUAAACGCAUCGGAAAACAGAGACAACCUCUCAAAGGUGGUUGGGUCCUGCCCCAUGGUAUGGGGGCGGGAGUUGCGCGACUAGAUGCCGGCAGUUCUCAGAGCGCUGAGUCAACGGUUUUGAGUCCUCAACUUGCGGACUCGAUCGUUGCGCCGAAUCUGAUCGGGGUCGACCCUCCUGCUAGUCCGCAUCCUGGCAUUAAGGCCGCACAGGGACAGAUGAGACAAACCCGUCUGUCUCUUCGCCUCAGCAAGGUUGGCGUUACAGGCCAAGACAGGACCGACAAAAGAGAAGAGCCUGCCGUGAAGUCAGAGAAUGUUGACAACCCAUCGAUCAAGCACGAACAAGAGGAAAUGCGCCCGAGUAAGCGCUUGCGCAUUACCCUUGUGGCAACUGGAAAGACGUCAGCUGCGGUCCCCAAUAAAGGAGCACGAGAAGUUAUGCGCGUGAAAGUUGAAGAAAAGGAUGAGCCAAACCAACAGAUCCCAAAGCUUUUGGUGGUCAAAGGCAUUGCCUUCAAGGAUGGCGUGGUCACCAAGACAUUGGAGAGAAUCAUUGUUGACGCCUCGAAAAUCCUUGACCCCAACUUCAAGUUGACUUUGAGAAGGGGCAAAGAGAACCCAUACGGACUGACGCCGGGAUUCUCACCAUACCCAUACAGGCGCGUUCCGACGCCCGAAGCCUGUGAGGAGGUGCACGGGAUCCUAACUGAGUUACACGGAGAAGUCAAGCAACCUGAGAAGAUGCCUGCUGCUUCUCUGGAGAUAGCUGGAUGUGGCGAAGUCCCCUGCGUUCUAGAUGCGCUCUUGAGGACGUUGAUCUCUGGCAAUACCCUGAUGGCAAUGGCAGAUGCUGCCAUCAAAAACCUGGCCGAGCAUUACGGUCUUCGACAGGAAGGCACUGGAGCCGGGAGUAUCAACUGGGAGAAGGUUCGGCUGUCAUCACACGGAGAGCUCGUUCAGGUUAUCAGAGUUGCCGGCAAUGGGCCUAAGAAAGCGUCCCAUAUCAAACAAAUCCUCGACAUUGUUUACAAAGAAAACUUGGAGCGCGCCAAGCAGCAGGCGACUGUGGCAGCAGACACAGCCCAGGGCGAUAACAAGGCUGGCAUGGUCACCCCGGAUCUUCUUUCCCUCGACUACAUGCACAACAUGAGCAAGGAUGAGGCGCUGGCCAAGUUCGUGAGCUAUCCUGGAAUCGGCAUCAAGACAGCCGCCUGUGUCACACUCUUCUGCCUGAGAUUGCCUUGCUUCGCCGUGGAUACACACGUCCACAAGUUCUGCCGUUGGUUGGGUUGGGUUCCGGAGAAGGCUGAUCCAGACAACUGCUUUCGGCAUGGAGACUUCAUGGUUCCUGACCAUCUGAAGUAUGGCCUGCACCAGCUGUUCAUUCGGCAUGGUCAGCAGUGCUUCAAAUGCAGGAAAGCUACGAGACCAGGGACAAAGGACUGGGGAGAAGCGCCUGACUGCCCUCUGGAGCACUUGAUUGACCGAAGCAAGGACGAGGUUGCGCCGAAGGCAAAGGUCAACAGAAGGGUGAAGGAGGAGACGAGCCCAGAUACGGACGAAUCGGAGGAAGAGACUCUGGGCACGGACAGCUCGCCCAGUGAUGUGGAUGAGGAUCUGGAGGGGGAAGACUAAACGCAAAUGACGAUAAUCGCCUCAAAGAAUAUGGAGCAAUGCAAGGACGAGGACGGUUGUGGCUGGAAAUGUCAAUGCUGGGGAUUUAGAUGGUAAUUUGCAGAUAAACAAAAAGAGCAACUCAGUCAGAGCUCCCUCAGCCAUCCCUAUUAGCACAUCUCCUAGAAGACUCUGGUAUAACAAUACCCGGCAGCUCAAUAUAGACACCUUACGUAUGAGGUUAAUCAAGAGGAGCAUCAUUCAUCGCAAUAAGGGCUUUAGUUGUAUCAUGAUUGUAAC